UUGAAUUUCUCCAACUUAUCAAUUAAUUUCUACUGCCAGUAGUCAUUUGGGUUGUAUUACUAAAAUUGAAACUUAGUGUGGGUGAAUAAAAUUUAUCUAAUUAUAAUAAUUAUUAAAAAAAAAAAGAUAUAGAAUGUAGUACAUUUAACUUUAAGGGUAUUCUUGUGUACCAGCCAUUUAUUGUUGGUUAUUCUCACAUGGUGAAAAUGCUUUUAAUGUUCAGGUUAUUUAUUAACUGUUUAAUAAAAAGGUUGUAGCAUGCUGAGUGUGCAUGUUUUUAGAUUUGACUUGAGUUUUAGAUGUGGUUACCUAUCUGUCUGCGGGUUGGCCCUGUGGUGAGAAAAUCAAUCAUGCACAAUACUAGAGUGAAGUUGAACUCUGAGCAAGGGUGCUCCACAUAAGUGAUUUGGAGUUGGACAGAAGGUAAUACAAUACAAAGGGCAUCAGCUGUGAUAUUUGGUUUUCUCCCUACCUUCGGGCCAUCUCUCCUGCACAUGUACGGAACCUCAAGCGGCGGCACCAUGGGGACCACCGGCGAGGACGGGCCCUUCCACAGAGGGGCACUACUGGUAUCCCUGAAGACCAUCGUGCCGUACUACCAGCAAGGAGUCCGGAGUACUAGUGUGGAACCAGUCACUCCUGUAAAGUCUGAUCAUCUGUGGGUCAUGGAGGAUUUCUGCGUAUACUGCCCCAUAUUUGAGGUGUCCAUGCUCGACCGGCGAGUCUCUGGGAAGUUCUGCGGAGUUGCUAUUACUAUAGGCGAAAUAAAUGCUGACAAUGGCGGCGAUGAAGAUUUUGCAACAAUGCAGAGUGAAAUAAAAGCCCGUAAACUCCACUACACUGGUACUAUGGACGUGUUGAAGUCGAAGCCAGCGUACGGCUACUUGGACUUUCCUAAUGGGUACCCAGUGCUGCAGCUGGCCACUCGCCUUCCAGACUUCAGGUUCAGAAUGUACAGGAACAAUAUGGUGCACGGCAUUGUUGCUGAUUUGGAAUUAUCCAUAUCAGAUGUCGAACGUCGUCUCAAGAACUAUGAGUACUCGACUCCAAAUGACCUGGUGGAUGAGCUGAACAAAGCUCUAGAUGACGCUGCAGCGAAUAUUAUCAAGUUCCUGGACAUCGUCCAGUAUUCCGGGCCUGCUAGCAGCACUGAUGACGUCAUGAGACAGUAUAGCACUGAGCUGGAUCAGAAGCAGCUCGCUUUGCAGAAAGAGGAGAUGGAAAAAAUAUAUCAGCAAAUAACGAAGAAAAUUAAAAGCGGGUCGACAUUGAACUUAAUACGUACAAUACAUAAAGGCGAUAACGGGUGUGAAACGAAGAAAGGCGUCAAAAUAAUGUUGGCAGAAGUUAGGGCAAUGACGACUAAUCUAAGAAAUCUUAUUUACAAGACUUCUGAAGGCUGGCCAGAUUUAGUCGUGUGGCUUUUGAAUGGUGGAUCCAGGGUAGCGUACACCAAGAUACCUACUGCGGAGAUUAUACACUCGGUGAUCCCCGAACAAAGCGGUAGGGAUUGCGGGAGGGUUCAGACUGUGUAUGUGAAGCCACUAAAAUGUCCUAAGCACGUGAACACUCUAGCAACCGGUUGCUAUUGUAUAGCUGGUAAGAUCGAGCUGCUUCUGUGGAUGGGGCUGUACCGACAGAACUCAGGGUUCGAGAACAGCCUUCCAGGCGGACUCAAGUUGCGUGUCAAGGAUUAUGAGAUGGUCGUCAAGAGUACUGUCAUGAUGCUGGAGUGUCGGGUAUUCAUAUACCGGGCUAAAAUCAACAACAUCAUAGACAACUCGAACGUCUCUUAUGUGUUUGUCAGAGCGAAUGCGAUGAAUUCUGUGAAGGAGACAAAAGUAAAGCAAAAAACAUCUACUCCGGUUUGGAACCAGGUCAUCAGAAUUCAAAGAAUGAUUUUCACUACGACGGAAAAGCUGGUAGCCAGUCCCCCUGUAGCGCUUAUUGAAGUUUACGAGAAUGAACUAUCGGGCAAGAAUGACCUAAUUGGUCGAUUCCAAAUUCAGCCUAUUCUAGACGAUAGACAAAGCUUUGAACAUGCUCCAAAACUGCAGUGGUACGAGCUUUACAAGGGCGUAGAACUUACUGGACAGAUCCUUAUGUCAGUGCAGUUAUUGCAGGUAAGAGAGUAUGGACACUAUGAACUGAUAUUUCCUUGGCUGAAAAAAAGUUAAUUAACUAUGUCCCUCAUGUAUUGAACGAAUACGUUGCUUACACAUUUUUAUGUAUGUGGUCGUCCCAAAGAGAACAUUUUGUUUUAAA